AUGGAUGGAUCAAACAUGAAAAUGAUGAAGAACUUGAAGAUGAAAUUAGUGGUGUUAUGUGUUGUGGUGGGAGUGAUGGGAAUAAUAAUGGCAGGCGUAGCAGAAGGAGAAGAUUGUGAAAGAGAUCUUCGAGGCUUACAAAUAGAGUGUCUGGUUUUCAUGCACAAGGGGAAUGCCCCAAUACAGGAUCCUAAUGAUCGAUGUUGCAAUGAAAUUAAGUUAGCCAAUGUUCCUUGCGUUUGCUCCAAACUCUCUCGCCACCUUGUAAUCCCACCAAACGAGACCAUAGAAGAUCUGCUUGACUGGCCCAAAGUGUUGCAUUGCUUCAACUUCUGUGGCAAACCUCUUGCUCCUGGCUUCAAAUGCGGAAAUUUCACCGUGCCACCAGGGCCCCCGCCCAAGUGA